CACCCCACAGACACACAGGCAAGGCUCUGAUCCCUCCCUCUAACCCAGCCGGCAGCCUAUAACCUCCGCGCUUCUCCGCCCAUUCCUCCACAGUUGAUUCUUCGGGAAGGCAUUGUCAUGCAAAUAAAGGACGCGUAAAACUAUUCCCCCGGAGCACGGCGCAGGGCAGAGACUCACAAGGACCGCGAGGAGGAGGAACACACGCAUCCCGGGGCCCCGCAAAAGUGGUUUAUCUGUCGCCACAACACGGACCCGUCCAUCUGACGCAGACGUCUGCAUGGCCACAUGAGCAGCCACAUAUAGCCAGGAACCUGGUUGGACCGUUGGAGGAAGGCCGACGGGGACCCAACAACGAGGAGGCUGCCCUUUGGUGUGGUCAUACUUCCAGUCUCCCCAGUGAAAUCGGAGGUGUCUCUUCUUCAUCUCCCUGUCCAGGCUACCUGCUGCUGCUGCUGCUGCUGCUGCUGCUGCUGCUGUUGCUGCUACUAGAGAAGGAAAAUUACAUCCAGAGACCCCUGGAGCGCUCCUUGACACUUUUAUGUUUUAGGGGAUUUAGGAUUUCUCGAAUAUUAACGUUUUUGCACACCAGGUGUGCCGUUUUCCCUUUUGUCCUUUUUUCUGGGGAUAUAUCCAGUGAUCCUUCCGCCGUUAAAGUGCCUUAAAUCUGGGUGUAAUCCAGCAUAACUGUGGCACUGUUACCAGACCAGAGACGCUCGACACAGCUUUAGAGCCGAGGCAGGAUUAUUUCUCGUUCCCCCUCAAACCUCAGCGAGUUUGCCACCAUGAGCCAGGCGGAUGUGUCGACUUGCUCCGCGCCGCAAAGGGUCUUCCAGGAGGCAGUGAAGAAGGGGAACACCAAGGAGCUGCACUCGCUGCUGCAGAACAUGACAAACUGCGAGUUCAACGUCAACUCCUUCGGGCCGGAGGGACAGACAGCGCUCCACCAGUCCGUCAUCGACGGCAACCUGGAGCUGGUGAAGCUGCUGGUGAAGUUCGGCGCAGACAUCCGACUGGCUAACAGGGAAGGGUGGAGCGCUUUACAUAUUGCCGCCUUCGGGGGCCACCAGGACAUUGUGCUAUACCUCAUCACCAAGGCCAAGUAUUCCUCUGGGGCCCGGUGAUCUGUCUCUGCUGUCAGGUAAAAAGUAGAACAUUAAAGAAAGAAAAGGAAAAAAAAAAAAAAGAGAGAGCAACAAAUUCAAUCUUGAAACUGCAACGCAAGGAGAAAACAUGCUCUUUUCAAACCAUAGCUGCCAUUAUUUACAUAUUUGUGCCAAAAUAUAUGAAAAGGAAAUACAACUGUGCAAGAAUCUCCCCUCUCUGUAAACCAAACAGGGCCAUCUGUGCGCACCGCAUGGUUCACUCAGACCAGAGCCGGCCCGAGGUUGUAAGGGGCCUUUUGCAGAAUUUGAUGUGGGAGGGGGGGGCACAUACUUUUUUUUUUCAAUUAAUUACCAGCGACCAUUGGCAGAGUUAAAUCACAGGUUUCUAUGAAGAUGGGAACAAUUUGACUGGUUGCACUGGGAUGUUUCUAGACCUAAAGCCAAACUGAUGCAGACGCUCUAAAUGCAAGCAUCCUAGAAGUACGAUCUUCUUGUAAUUAAGCUGAUUGUGUUUUUCAGCACUUUAUGGUUUAAUAUUUGCAACCUUUUUGUCCCAGGCCACAAAAGAUACAUAAAUUAGACUUAUUCAAUCAAAUCCAGUUACAGUGUGCAAUAAUUAUAAUUUAAACCGCAAAACAUUUAACUGCACCGUAAUUAUUUACUGUUAGUCCAUUUGCUGUUCUAUUUUUUAUUUUUUUUUAUAAUUUCUAAUCUUUUAAAUUAACUUUCCUGAAACAAUCUAAUCAACUAUAAAACGAAGCUAAUUUCACUAUAUAAAUCUGUAAUUUUGAAAUCUGUAGUCUUUCUAAAACAUGGGCCCCCCUUCUGAUUCAUUUGGGGCCCUAAGCAGUGCUCUUUCUCACUUAUUCCUUGGGCCGGUUCUGUCUCACACACAAUCACACAGCGCUUCAUCAUGAAUCUCUCACAAAAAGCACCUCACUCCGGUGAGCUCGUUGGUACUUAAAGCUUUCGUCUUGAACGUUCAUACAACAUCGUGUCAUUAUAGAAGAAACUGUCACACCAUAUCUGUGUGCGUGUGUAUGUGUGUGUGUGUGUGUGGAUGGUGGAGUGCAGAUGGCCCAGUUUUUUCAUUCAAAGUGAAUCGUUUCUUUGUGGGAGUGCAGAUUUGACCUGUUGCUCCUCAUUGUCCUGUAAAAAAAAAAAAAAAAAAAAAAACCACUUUUUUUUGUAAGUUAUUUUUAUGUGAAACACGGCACUUGAUGCUGCUCGGCUGCAUGCUGGAAUAUCUGAAAGGGAAGACAUACGAACAAGAGGAGAAGCCCUCUGUUGAGGUCUCUCUUUUUUUUUUUUUCUUCCCUAAAUUAAUUCAUAUUAUAAACUCAAAAUGAGGAUCAUACAGCUACAACUGUAUUUUUAUUUUUUUUUUAUGUAUUCAGGGUUCCUGCUCAUUCUUCUUGUCACAACUCCACACGUUUCUGGACUCACCUCAACACAGUUCUCAUUUUUGCAAAGUUCACUCUCUACUUACUUCAGACAUUUUAUUUUAUUGAGGUCAAGCUUUGGAAAAGGAGAGCUGCAAAAAAAACAACAAAAAAAACACAGAUCCCAAGCACGGACGGAUGCAGCGUUUAGACAACGGGACAGCAAAUAAAGUCUGGAGACAGAAACUUUUUUUUUUUUUUCCAGAAUUUAUUUAAUUUUUCCAUUUUUCCAGCGUAGGAACCCUGUGAGUGACUCCAUCGUUGUUGUGAAGUACUGUACACAAUAGCUUUACCUUUUUGACAGUAGCUGAAUGGGCUCUGCAAACACACAUUUUGCCAUUGCUGGUGUCCCAACCUUUCAGGCCAGUGCGACCACUCCGCCCUGGUGGUCAUCGUAUUAAGAACCGCUGCUUUCGCUUUGUAUGUCGUUAAAGGAAAAAAAAAAAAGAAAAGAAAAAAAGAGGAAAAUUUGGAUUUCACUUUAUAAUCUCCUUUCAGUAUUCUGUUAACAUCCUAGUCAUCACUGUGAAAGCAGGCUGAUUUUAUUGUUUUUUUUUUCUUUUAUAUUUAUGAAGGUACAUUGAAAAGAAUGCAUUUUUUGAAUAUGUUGUGGUUCUACUUUUUAAAAGAAAAACACCUGUAGAGUCAGAGUUUAGUGGGUGACUCAAGCUGCUUCAGACUCUUCUUUUUAAAUUUUUUUAGUGCAAACCUGCAACCCCCCCCCCCCCCCUUCCUCCUUAGAUGACCCACACAGCUUUAGCCUGUUGACCCUCAAGAGGACUUUCAAUUAAACUGACUUUUCUUUUCUUUUUUAUUAUUUUAUUUGUUUUGUUUGGUUGCCCUUUUCCCAGCUACCUCGACUGUAAAGUAUUCUCAAGCUGUUCUGCCUUCUCCCAGCUUGCCCUGCCAAUCAUGCCAGCAUCUGUCUGCUAUGUAACCUUAACAGAGACGAUGGACUUCGGUGCAGAAGAUGCAAUGCAUUCCUCAGUCAGGACAGUUUAUGUUACACUACAACCAAACCAGUGCUGACUAAAGCAUGACCCCCCCCUCCCCCCAAACCCUGCCUCUGAACUCAACUUUACUUUCUUCCUCUCUCUGUGUCCUCAUCAGCCUGUUUUAUUUUAUUUUAUUUUUUCAUUGUAUAGCAUGACUUAAUAAAUGCAGGGAGUUUUAUUGCACAAAAAUACAGAGCCUUGCGCGCCCCUAGUGUUCAAACGGGGUAACUUCAGAAGGCUUUGGAAUUUUUUCUACUACUGAGCAGGAUUCUUCUUACUGAUGGAUGAUGAAGACUUUAUGAAAAUAAAAAAUAACUACGCAUGACUAUUGCAGGAUGUCAAACAAUAAAUAAAAAAAGGAAAAUUGGAUUUAGUAAGCUUGCCUGCUACAUUUUGAAAGUCAUGACACCCUAACUUUUUUUUUUUUUUUUUAACAAUGCUGCUUGUUUUGUGUCUUUUCUAAUUAAUGAUUUUUUUAAAGCCUGCUGCUUCACAGCAACACUGGUUCAACUCAUGAGAAGCUUUUUUUUUUUCUUUUUUAAGUGUGUUUUAUUUGCGCGUGAGCCUGGCAUGUGUUUGUGUUUGUGUUUGCUUCUCAUGGGGGCCCGUGUGACUGGCUUUCAAACAGUCAUCAGCCAGACUGAGAAACCUCCCUGGAAUAAUCAUCCGGAAUCCAAUAACAAAAGCUCCACUACGACAAGGUAUAGAUUCACAUCAGGCAACAAAUAAAAAUAUGCAUCGCUUGUGUUUAAACUUGAUCUUUCUUUUUUUUUUUU